GUUUUGGACCAGCAAGACGGUUACGGGCUCGAUGGCGACAGCAUUCGUAUCGGAAAGUGGACGCCUUAUAAGUGGGCUUUGGUUGUAUCCAUAUCCGUGAUGUUCGUCAUUAGUAUGGGAGGCAUUCUCGCUAGUCUUGCUAUAUGGCUUCGGACUUUUCUCCUCGCAGAUGUCAUUCUCGUAAUCAACUGGGACCUCGUUCUUUACAGCACCGUCGCUUCGGGUUGUAUCCUUAUCACGUCCUUGGUUGGCAUCACUGGAGCGAUCUUGAAUUCGCGACCCUUUUUGACUUUCUACAACAUUCUGCUUUGGCCAUGCCUUAUCAGUUUGACAACUGUCGGAUACACCUCUUACAAACGUCGUGCCUUUAAUCUCCUGGGGAAGAUUAACCAGGGAUGGAGCAGACAGUGGGGAGAUUAUGGGAGACUUGUCAUUCAAAACUCUCUGCAUUGCUGUGGGCUUUAUAACCCCCUACACCUGGCGAUCUUUUCGAAGACUUGCUACCCUCGUUCGACGCUACCAGCCUGUAGACCGAAGCUCAGCCGGUUUCAGAUCUCAGUCUUGAAUAUGUUCACUCGCGCAGCCUUCUCGGUCACAGGGAUCAUACUUCUUAGCAUAGUGGUUGCGGUUAUUUGUUCAAAUCAUGUGAAUCGCUUGUUUGGGAAGGGAUUAAUGCCUUUUCAGUAUCGACUGAGAAUGGGUGAUGUGCGUGCUAAUGCACGGGCUGUGUCUCUCAAAUCGCUCGGCCGCGCGGUGCAGCCUAAAACUGUCCUACGACCCGGUUCUAUUGAGCCAGUGUGA